UUGGAAAAUAAAUAUAUUAAUAUCGAAGUACCAUUGGGCCCGAUAGUCCUGACAAAUAACGCUUCGAAAUUGAAGACAGGAUAAUAAGUUUUUUGUGUGGAUUUAUACUAUGGGCGGAACUAAAUGUUGUUUUCGUGACUGCGCGGUCGCAUCAGCCCGCAAUCCCAGAAUGCAUUUCUUUAAAUUUCCGGUUAAGGAUCCGAAGAGGUUGAAGGCCUGGGUAGAAAAUUGUGCAAACCCUGAUGUCUCAAAUGCUUCAUUGGGCAAAUUGGCAGGAAAGGCUGUUUGUGCUAGACACUUCCGGGCCGAAUCUUUUAUGAACUACAAAAUGGAUAGACUUGCUCCCUUCCAGACGCCUACUUUGCUCAGGAUCAACAAGGAUCUCGCCCUGGAUUUCGCUAGUCUCGACAGCAACGGGGAGGCACUCCUAGUAAAGCUGACGCCACCAAAGCAACAACAUCUUGUACCACCCAAGGGUUUCCAGUGUCCCCUUGGAUUUGUUGAUGACGAUGAUGAUGAAACCCAAAAUGUGGAGGCAAUCAGGAAAAAGACCAGAGUUAAUGUAGACCAGAGGGUUGAGAAAUCACAGGAAACGCAAUCAGCAAAACUAAUGGAUCUGACUGAGGUUGAGGAUCACCAACCAGCGGAUGAAACCAAUGGAACUCUUUAUUUGUUGAACUCUGAGCACGAGCACUCAGUUCUGAACCAAGAAAAGGCAGUGGUGGAGAACCAGAACUACACUACAAUAACGAGUGGAGAUUCGGUUAUGCCGCAAAACAUUCUUGAUUUAAUUAGUCAACUGCAACCUUCAAUGGGCAUUAAAUUAAUAAAAAGACCAGUGGAAAUUCAAACAAUAAUUGAGAUGGACUUGGAUCUGAAUGAACAGCAACUGCCAAUCGAAAGUACUGAAGGUAAUACUGAAGAACAGAUAGAAACCAAAGGGCCAGAAAACUGCUAUAUACCAGCAAGUUUUCGGGAGACAAUUAAUAAGCAAAGCGUUCCGGUGAGCCCAAACGAAACAAGAAACGCAGAUCGACUCAAGAUGAUUAGUGAUAUUGUUCAAAAACGUAAGAUGCAAAAGGAAGUAGAUUUUCAAGAUGAUAACGUACUCAGAAGUGAUGAGCAAUCUACUCAAGAGCAGCCUAAAAGAAGGAAACCAAUUGAAGAAGCCCUAAAGACUGAAAUCGUCGUUCAAGCUGGGCAGACGACUAUAAGGAGUAAGCAGAAGUCUGCACCAUGCGAGAAACCAACUCAAUCAAUCCAAUCUGUCCUUAAUGAUAUUAGUUUAAAGACUGCAUCUGUUUGUUUUAUAAACCAGGAAGAUAAUUUAAACUAUACUAGUGAAAGUGAGGAUGAAUCUGCCCCGUCAGAAAAACCGUCUUCGUCCGAGGAUACUCUGCGUGAAAAGCUUCAUCAGGACUACAAUAAGCUUCAGGCAGAAUUCGACAAGCUCUCGGAGGAAAAUGCCAAACUAAAACAACUCCAGGACGAACUCCUAAAGACUCACGCGGCUCCUCCAACCAAACCAGCAGCUAACUCUUUAACCAAACAACAGCUUUAUAUGGGUAUAAAGAAGUACCUGGGCCCUACAAUGGCCGCCCUGCUGCGCAUGGAAAUGUUUGGAGGCUCUGAAGAUCGCACUUGGAAGGAUGACGAGCGGGAGUUCGCAACAGAACUCCUUCAACUGGGAGAUGAGGUAUACAAGUAUUGUUGCGACGAGUGGAGGUUUCGGCUUCCAUCGAUUCGGAUUGCCCGAUCCUGGCUGGAGAAAAGAAAAACAGAUGAUACCGAAGAUUUUCUUGAUUUAUAAGCCUAUUUUAUAAUUUUUACCAUUGUCAUAUAAUUUAUAUUUUAGUUUCGUAACAUAUUUAAGUGUUUUGUCAAGUUAGUACAGAAUAUUUGCAUCUUUUCCAACUUAUGGCCGAUCUAUGUUUGAUAAUAAACGAUAUUCUCUAACUUUGUAA